GUUCCUGGCUGUCAAGUUCAACCCAAUCAGGAGGCGGCGCUGUGGUUCGCGGCGUGGGCGGAAUCCCCUCGGUCAAUGUAGCAAUCGGAGAGAGUAACACACGUGGGUCAUGCACGGGCUGCUAUUGACUGUGACAUCCACAACAAUUCCGCCCGCUGCUCUGGAGUAAGACACAGACCGUGAGCAGGCGAUGCCGCCGCUAUGACACAUUCUGCCGCUGGUCAGUCGCUGGGAUGAUGUCUCGGAGAACUAUUUUACCUCGCUUUCCGGUAGCUCUAAGCAGUGCGAUAUUCAACUAGAUAACAAUAAUACCUCUAUCCCCAUCUUUCUCGUUUCUCGAGCGACUGGUGUCGGAUUAGAGUUCGGCUCAUCUAAUCUGCCGUAAUCUCGACUAAAUCUAUCUAAUUGUGCCGGCAAAGCACAUCCCCGGAGUUUGGUUGUUCUGUGCUGGGAACAGGGAUCCACGGCCGCGAACCCGAGAAACGAUUCUGCAGCAGCGCAUCCUGACGGACAGAGACCUUGGAUAAGCACCAAGCGCCUAGCGACCUAUAGUCAUAGCAACAGGUUGCCAAGUACUACAUACUACGAAUUUGGGAGAGGAAUACUACUCGAGGCUUGACAGCAUGUCACCAGCCGAGGAACGGGAUGGCAGAGUGUGGAUAGGAAUCACAGCGCCGACUGUGUGACCUGCUACGUCUUUUUUUUCUUCUAAUCCGGCAUUUAACGUUGAAUGAGACGGCGAAUCUACGAACGUGCCCCGGAUAACCCGCGCGCUGUGGCAGCUGGCACGGCGAAUGACACAUUCUUACAUUAUUGGCAAAGGAGACACUGGGCGCCUCCCGCUUUCCGCGUGGGGAGGGGGGAUUUUGGCUGCCGUUCCCUACUCGUAGUGAGGGUUUUGUCUUGUAUGAGGAGAGAAUAUAAAAUCGCCACAUUCCCUUCAAUGCCUAUGGAUUAACGCGGGGAGAAGAGGCGCUAGUUUUGGCUAGUCUUGUCGCAGCUCGCGGUCUCCCCCCCCCCUCCCCCCUGCAAAACCUGUUCUGGAGGGAGUGAUUUCGUUCAAGCUUCGCCCAAUUAUCUGAUAGCAGCAUUUAUUAAACCCCAUAACCCAAGCGCGUCAUCCUUUUACAAUCACGGCGCUAGGUUGUGUGUGUGUGUGUGUAAUAGGACUGCGAAGGCAAGAACAAAACAAAUUUUUUUUGUAACUUUUUUUUGGAAAAUCAUUAGAAUCGCGCUAAAUUAAAAUAAAUAAAAAAAACACUGAGGUGAAAUGACAUAUCCGAUCGGGGCUAGGACGCUUGGGAUGGAAGAGGCUUCAGCGGACCGGAGCUGCUUGGCUGAUUUUGUCUGGAAUUCUGCCGCUUUAUAAAUGAUUCACGCGACCCGAUUUUUUUUAAAGAGUCUAAUUGUCAUCACGGUGGGAUAUUAGCAGUUGCGUGAGUGUGCUCCAGCGCGUGCAUCGCCAGUUACACAUUGCCGAGGUGACGGCGAUCUCUAGACUUGGGGGGACAAAUUGGGAAAAUACCCUUUCAAAAUGAAGUACGUGUAUCUUUAUUGAUUGGUCUUUGUUUCUUUUCACAUUUUUUGUGGAUCUUUUUUGACUGCUUGCGACCAGACCUUCUUCGCUGACUGAAUGAUCAUCUGUUGCUGCAACCGGCGCGAUUAAGAAGGGAUACAUGUUUUUUUAUUUCAUCAUUGACAGGAUCUUGGAUUCGGUGUAACUGUGGAAUGUAGAGGCUGAAUUUAUAAUUUUACGACUUUUACCAUUUCAGGGACUAGAAUUUCAGAGAGAUUGGAGACGAAAAUGGGAGAAAGAAUAUUACUACUGUUGUUGCUACUGUUGUCGUUGCAUGUCAGUCUCUGAUACUGCAGGCUAGCCGUACAUAAUGGUUCUUCCCGACGCUGCCGGCUUCUUUGAGAUACUCGCCUAAUUCCUUAUCAAACCAGACUGUAUCAUCUCUGCUGAGGAACGGGGUUUUUGACGUUUAGCAUUAGGAACAAUAAUCAAAAACGCCCGCUGGAUUUAUUUAAACAAAUUUUCCACCCCUGUCGGUCCUGUGUAAUUGAGGAUAAAUGUUGAUGAUGGAGGAGGACAACGAACUGGAGGCGCAUCAGGUUGAAAUCGAUCCCGAUUUCGAGCCACAAAGCCGGCCGCGAUCCUGCACCUGGCCGCUGCCAUGUCCGGAGGAUUUCCCCGGAGGAGACGAGGUUACCGGGGGUCUCCCACUGUCUUCCAUAAAGGUGGAGCCGGAUAAUGUUCCCGCAUGCAGAGGCGAGCGAAGCGGCGGCGCGCCGGCGGAACUGAAACAUCCAGCCGGCGCCCCGGCUCCCGCUGCCGGCGCCCUCCCGUGCCUGGCCGGCGCUGCGCUCGACGUGGCCGGUCAGUUGCGCAAAGCCAAGUCCUCGAGGCGAAACGCGUGGGGUAACCAGUCCUACGCGGACCUCAUUACCCGGGCCAUCGAAAGCACCCCGGAAAAAAGACUCACGCUGUCACAAAUAUACGACUGGAUGGUCCGAUUCGUUCCCUAUUUCAAGGAUAAAGGAGACAGCAACAGCUCGGCGGGCUGGAAGAACUCCAUCCGGCACAACCUGUCCCUGCACACUCGUUUCAUUCGCGUGCAGAACGAGGGAACGGGGAAGAGCUCCUGGUGGAUGCUGAACCCGGAGGGGGGCAAGGCGGGCAAGGCGCCGCGCCGCCGGGCCGUCUCCAUGGACAACAGCGCCAAGUACCUGAAGAGCAAAGGGCGAAUCAGCCGCAAGAAGGUGGCGGCGGGCCGGGCGGGGCUGGGGGCGGGGCUGCAGGGCUCUCCGGAGCAGGGCAGCCCCGCGGGGAAGGGCGGGGCGGCGGUGGGGGGCGGGGGCGGGGGCGGGGCGGAGGAGUUCGACGCCUGGACGGACCUGCACUCCCGGGGCAGCUCGUCCACCUCCACGCUGAGCGGCCGGCUCUCCCCCAUCCUGGCGGAGGCGGAGCUGGAGGAGGGGGAGGAGGAGGGGGGCGUGUCCUGCUCCGCCUCCCCGCGGCUGUACCCCAGCCCCUCCAGCGCCCGCUCCCCCGCGCUGGGCUGCCCUAAGUUGAAGGGAAAAGGUUAA